AUGUUGCACAGUCAUCGCCUGUUGCUUGCCGUCUACAUAGUCACCUUCCUGAUGGGGGUCCCUGCCAACAUCAUGGCCUUCUGCACCUUCUGCCGCAAGGUGCGUCGCAGGGCGGUGCCGAUAGACGUCCUCCUCCUCAACCUCACCAUCUCCGACCUCAUCUUCCUGGCUUGCCUGCCGUUCAAGAUGAAGGAGGCCUCCGACGGCAUGGUCUGGCUGCUUCCCUACGCCCUGUGCCCCUUAACCGGUUUCCUAUUCUACGUCACCAUCUACAACAGCACCCUGCUCCUCACAGCCGUGAGCGUGGAGCGCUACCUGGGGGUCGCCUACCCCCUCAGGUAUUCCCUGUGUCGCAGACCCCGCUACGCCGUGCUGGCCUGCGUCCUGUUCUGGGUGGGGACCUCUCUGAACCUCAGCAUCGUCUACAUCAUGCCCUACGCCCAGUGGAGCAGAGGAGCCGAGCGUGACAACAGCACCAUGUCUGCCUCGCCUCCACCCACAUGCUACCUGAAUUUCACCCAAGACGAGCUCAGCAUCGUCGCGACGUUCCGCCUGGAGCUCUUCCUCGUUCUCUUCUGCGUCCCCUUCUUCAUCUGCUGCUUCUGCUACAUCAACUUCAUCCUCAUCCUGUCGCGUCUCCCAAACAUCGGCAGGCGGCGGAGGCUGCGCGCCAUCGGCCUGGCGCUCGGCACCCUGAUCGUAUUCGCCGUCAGCUUUGGGCCUUACAACGCCUCCCACUUGGUGGGCUUCGUUCGCCGGGAGAGCGAGGAGUGGAGGAACGUGGCGUUGCUCUCCAGCGCCUUCAACGCCUGCCUGGAUCCCAUUAUCUUCUACUUCUCCUCGGCGGCUGUCAGAAGCAUGUUGAACCACUGCUACAGGAACAUCAUGGCGAAGCUGCACAUCCUGAGGUGCGGAGCUCCUCACCAGAGACCCUCCAAGACGGACAGAUACAAGGAAGCCCCUCUUCCUUGA